AUGUCGGCCACUGGAACGUACAGGGGAACUAUGGCUGGCCACAAGACUGUGGGCAGAGGUAGGCUGCCCGACUUCGAUAGUCCGGCAUCCCACAUUCCGCGUCCUCGGCCUGAGACCGCUACUUCUUCCACACCCAAUCCUAACACUGCCUCCAGCGACAUUGGAAGUUCAACAAUGAGUGCUGCCAGCAGACAAAGACAGAACCAGUCGAAGCGAGAUGAGGCUAUCCGCCGAAAGAUGGAGGCGGACCUCAACAAGAAGAAGCAAGCCCCGACAAGGGCGCAUCGUUCUCGGAAAGCUCCGCCAGGAACCGUUCUCGCCCUGAAACCUAGUCAAGCUCUUCAGAUUAAACCUAACAUGACCAUUGCGGAGGCCGCUCAACUGAUGGCAGCAAAGCGGGAGGACUGUGUUUUGGUUACCGACGAUGAUGAUCGCAUUGCCGGAAUUUUCACUGCUAAGGAUCUCGCGUUUCGUGUGGUGGGGGCUGGCCAAAAAGCUCGAGAUAUUACCGUCGCCGAAAUCAUGACCAAGAACCCUCUAUGCGCGAGAACCGAUACCAGUGCUACCGAUGCACUCGACCUCAUGGUUAGGAAGGGUUUCAGACAUUUGCCAGUUAUGGAUGAGAACCAGGAUAUUUCUGGUGUUCUCGAUAUCACGAAGUGCUUCUACGAUGCGAUGGAAAAGUUGGAACGCGCAUACAGUUCGUCCCGCAAGCUAUACGAUGCAUUGGAAGGCGUUCAGACGGAACUCGGCUCCAGCCAGCCUCAGCAGAUCAUCCAGUAUGUCGAAGCCUUGCGUUCGAAGAUGUCUGGUCCAACUCUCGAGACUGUCCUUGAUGGCCUGCCGCCCGUUACAGUCUCCGUUCGCACGUCUGUGAAGGAAGCUGCUGCUAUGAUGAAGGAACACCACACCACCGCCCUUCUGGUGCAGGAUCAGGGCUCGAUCACCGGUAUCUUCACCAGCAAAGAUAUCGUACUGCGUGUCAUUGCUCCUGGUCUCGACCCGUCGACAUGUAGUGUGGUUCGCGUCAUGACUCCUCACCCUGAUUUUGCGCCCGCCGAUAUGAGUAUUCAAGCUGCGCUACGGAAGAUGCACGACGGUCACUACUUGAAUCUACCAGUUAUGAACGAGACGGGCGAGAUUGUUGGUAUGGUCGAUGUGCUGAAACUCACAUAUGCCACUCUGGAACAGAUCAAUUCGAUGUCGACGCAUGAUGAUGAAGGCCCGGCAUGGAACAAGUUCUGGCUGUCUAUGGACCAUGAAUCCGACUCGAUGGUGUCUGGUAGCCAACAGCCCAAUAAUCGGUCAGUACUCAGUCCUGAGUCUCCGAAGGCUAGUUAUGACGCCAGAGACAGUGUGCUUCCUAAUGAGUCUGCUUCUCACCAUGGUGGCGAUGAGCACUCCGAAUACAUCGAUCACCAUCAUCAUCAUGGCGAACCUGUUCCGUUCCCCUUCAAGUUCAAGGCGCCAAGUGGCCGCGUUCACCGUGUUAACGUUCUCCCUUCUGCGGGUAUUGCUGAUUUAGUUGCCCAAGUCACGGCCAAGCUAGGAUCCGAGGCGGACGCUGUCGGCGGUGCGGCAACCUGUGACGAGGGUAAACUUAGCAACACAGGUUAUGCUUUGAGCUACUUGGAUAAUGAGGGAGACACUGUUUCUAUUACCACUGACCAGGAUCUUGCUGAUGCAGUUACUCUGGCACGGCAGUCGCGUCGGGACAAGGUUGAUCUCUUUGUCCAUGACCCGACGCAACCUCCAAUUCCUGCUACUGUCGAACCCCAACCCGCACCUGUCAAGCCUGUGGAGGAGAAGACCUCUCCAGUUCCAGAGGAUCAGUUGUCGGAGGAACCAUAUGUGCCAAAGCCCCGGUCUCAGACGUUCUCCUCACAUCACCAAGAAGAGCAAUUCAUUGCCGGAGUACCUAACGACUUACUCCUUCCUGGUGCAAUUGUCACACUGGCGGCAGUCAUUGCGGGUGUUUUCGUCCUGAGUCGGGCCACUUCCCGGUAA